GUCUUCUUCCCAGUUUAGUUUGUCCAUUUAAUAUUCACAGUCAGAAUUUUUUAGCCCUGUUUCUUCCAGAUUUUACGACUUUAAUUUUUAUAAAAUUACACUACACUCUAGACAUCAAGUUCGAAAUGAGUGAAAUUCCUAACUUUGAUGGUGGGAGUGUAAGCAAGUUAGUUAACUAUUUCGAGGGUCGUAGUCAGGUUCAAGCUGGAUUAGGGGGACGAUACUAUUUAAAUGUGGGUUUUUCGCCAACUGAGAUUAUCAAAUUCGGAAUAGUGAAGGAUUACAGCCCCAACUUUACACAUCAUGCAAUUUUUACUACGAAGCUUAAAGGAGCAUUUCGAGUCGAUCUUGAAGGAGUCGACUGUGCUGUCCAAUUGAACACUGGACCAAAUAAAUUCAAAGGCAGGGUUCUAUACUGCGGAGACUUGUCGGAUUAUGCCGGAAUCACUGAGGAAGACGCUCUUGUUUCUUGGAGAGAACACGAGCCCUUCACUAAUUUAACUCCCGGCGUUAAGGUCGAGGACAUAUUUAAUGUACAUCCUUAUUCCGAUCACUCUGUCGUCUUUGUGACCAAAAAGGGGACCGUUGGUCAUGAGCGGCAGGUUUCGGCAGCGACAAUGAGUGAUGCCUUUUUAGGCGAGGAUUCAGUCUUGAUAUCUACACACUCAUUUGACGAGGGGUUAGGUGUUAAAAAUGACCGCUGUCUGAUCGGUGUAUCAUGCGUGGGAGAGGAUAAGCCGCCAUACACCGCAUACCUCGUAAAAGAAGGAGCUCUGACGGAGACUGUAACCAUCCCAACCCAUGACUACUCAGUUGUUCCAGAUCGUAGCCCAAAAGUAGCAUUUCUAAAUCAGAACAAUACGAAGCUAGUAGUUGCUCGUUUUGGUUCGCCUACACUGAAAGAGUAUGACAUUGGUUCGGAUAUCAAGAAGUUCAUUAACACCGAUAAGCAAAUGGUGUUCCGCAUACUUCCGCCUGCACGAGGCUCAAAUUGGCGACAUGUUAUUUUCUACGGGGCUCACAACAGUUCAUCGUCAUCAGAAAUCUGCGCUGGGAAAUGCGUCCUAACGAUGAGAGAAGGCCGGAAAUUACAAUGUAUAGACGGCAAUCAAAAUUUCACAACUGGGAUUUAUGACACCCCGCCGAAAGAAGUUUAUUUAAUCGGCAACUUCUUAAUCAUUAAUCAAGGGGAUAAGUGGAUGGUCCAAGUAGUAUUUUCUGCACGCAAAUUUGUUCAGUUGGUAAAAGCACCAACUCGAUGUGGAAAUUGUGGUCCAUGCGACGCGUAUUUUGGUGGAACGACCUACGGACCUAAAUCGUUGGACAGGCAUGGUACAUCAAUCGAAUGCAAAAGCUAUCGUCCUGCGUACAUGAAGUAACAGAAAGUCCAUGUCCAUAAAUUUUCCAAUUUUUUAUACUUAACAAACCGCGUUCUAACUAGAUAAUAAGGAAAUGGUGGUCUAGAAGAAAGGCCGACCUAUUUAUGUAACUUGUGAAGAAGGGUAUUAUUGUUACUAGCACAAGCAAUUCAUUUUGUUAGAUAAUUAAGUAUAUGCCUAUAUGCCUAUACUGUGCUGGUAGCCGCACUAUGUAUUACCGCAUGCCACCCAAUCUUUUGCAACACUAUAAAUAAAUGUGAUUAUAUGUACCAUCUGUAAUUUACUCCA